UAAAGGAAGUGUCACACAAGACAUGCUCACCCAGCACAGGCAAAAGGCAGCGACACUUACUGAGCUCUGUCAGUUUGGCUACUGCCCUGCCUGCCAUCAAUGACUAUUGCCUGUUGCUCUGCGUCGUGUGGUCUGUUGACGUGGCCCAGGAGCCUCAAUGCAGUCUGGAGCUGAAGAACGCUUCAGUCGAUGUCGUGAUCUUCCACGUUUCUGUCUGAUGAUGAAGGAUUUACGAUGAUGUGCCUGUGGCCCUUCCAUGGCAGCAGUUGAGAAGAUUUGGCGAGUCGACGUGUGUGCUGCGAGCAGAGUGAAGGCCCUGUCACACCGGAGCCUGACCGCUCCCCACCUUGACCGCACCCCACCCUGAGCCGAACAGCUGCACUCACCCUCUGGCCGUGCGACUGUCCAUUCCUAAUGCAAUGACCCUCUGCGCGUCCGGGUUUCAAUGAAAUUCCCCAGGGCGACAGACCGUGGGUGAUCCGGAGGGUAGGGGAACACGGCCAGUGCCAUGAACGCCGUGAAGAGCAGCCAGCGUCCCGAACAGAGCGUCCAGCGGGACUGCAGGAACCAGGAGGCGCCCAGCGGUCCGACCUCUUUGAGGGCGACCCCUCAACCCCGCUCCCACACCAAGAACGUUCUACAGUUGAGGCUCCAGCAGAGGAGGACGAGAGAGCAGUUAGCAGACCAGGGCAUCAUGCCUCCCCUGAAGAGCCCGGCUGCAUUCCAUGAGCAGAGGAGAAGUCUGGAGCGAUCCAAGACUGGAGAUUAUCUGAAGCAUAAAAUCGGCAGUAGACCAGAGAAAUCGGAACUUAUCAGCAUGCAUAUCCUACAAGACUCAGCCGUCGAGGGCUCUGCUCAGGAACCACCGAACAAACUGAGGCGUGCCCGGCUUGCGGACGACCUCAACGAGAAGAUCGCCCUGAGACCAGGCCCUCUGGAGCUGGUUGAGAAGAACAUCAUUCCUGUGGACUCCAGCCUUAAAGAGGCCGCUGUGAAAGCGAACCAUGGGAAGUUCCCCAAACAGGAGGACUCGUACGCGUUCGAGGAGGACAGCGGUAGCGAGAGCCUGUCUCCGGAGCAUCCCCUCAGUGACGAGUCCCAGAGCUCAGCCGGAGCCUUGGCCGAGAGCAAAGCCAGCAGUGCCCCCUCACCCUCACAGGGCUCACAUGAAAAUGCUACUCAGAACCAUGAAGAAAGCAGCAGCGUGCCGCCCACCCAGACAGUUCCAGCCAUCCGAGUUCCUGCCAUCAUCAAGUCCAAAACGUCGGACAAGAGCCGGCCCAAGAAGCCCAAGGAUGUGAAGCCGAAGGUGAAGAAGCUUAAGUACCACCAGUACAUCCCACCGGACCAGAAGGCGGAGAAGUCGCCUCCACCCAUGGACUCGGCCUACGCCCGCCUGCUGCAGCAACAGCAGCUGUUCCUGCAGCUGCAGAUCCUCAGCCAGCAGAAGCAACAGCAGCAGGGGACGCGCCAGCCGGCCACGGCCCAGAGCUUCGGCUACGGCCCGCCACAGCAGAAUCCGCUGGCCAAGCAGGCAGGCGAGCGGGACGCGCCCGACGGCUCCGGCUCCACGUCUCCGGUGAAGAGCUCCUACUGCGGUCCGGCCGGCGUCUCGCCCGUCAGACCAGGGCCUCUGCCCGCCAACCUCGACGACUUGAAAGUGUCCGAGCUCCGGCAGCAGCUGAGAAUACGAGGCCUCCCUGUGUCCGGCACCAAGACGGCCCUGAUCGAGAGGCUGCGACCUUACAAAGACCCGAGCUGCAGUUCGCCCUCCUCCUCUGGAGACAUCACCACAGUGACCUUCCCGGUGACACCCACCGGCUCCUCCUACCAGUCUCCCGGCUCCACCAUGUCGCACACGGGCGGCUACUACCCCUUCUGCAGCACCGGCUCCACACCGCCUAUCUCACCCGCCUCCUCAGACCUGUCCGUGGGCGGCUCCCUGCCCGACAGCUUCAGUGACGUGGCUUUGUCAUCGCCGCGGUUCGGCCUGCAGCCUUCGCCCACGCCGCCGAGCGCUGACGAGAGCCCUGCGGCGGGCGGCUGCCCGCACGGAGAUGCCCCGGAGGGCCUGGACACCGAGAAGGACAAGAUGCUCGUGGAGAAGCAGAAGGUGAUCGAGGAGCUGACGUGGAAGCUGCACCAGGAGCAGCGGCAGGUGGAGGAGCUGCGCAUGCAGCUGCACAAGCGCAAGCGCACCCACGGCGGCCCGCCCGAGCCCCCGCCCCCGCCCCACCCGCUCCGCCCACAGCCCCCGGCCCACAUGCAGCAGCACUUUUUCGGGGUGUCCGUCAAGCAGGAGCACGUGGCCUCCAGCUGCCCGCUGGCCUCGAAGCAGCCCAAGUGCGGGCCCCCGGGCAGCUGCAUCGAGGGUAUGGGGCACUGCGGCCUGGGCGGCCCCGCUUCCGGGAGCCCCUCCGGGCUGUCGGCCUACCUGAGCCCUCAGUGCUCGCCCCAGGACUCCCCCGUCACCAAGAGCUCCAGCAGCCCGCAGCCUAGCAGCCUCCCAUCCUCACCCAGCCACCCGUACCUGCUCACGCCUCCCCUGGGCAGGGACAGCUGUUCUCACCCCUUGCCGCAUGGUGGAGCCAGACCACACCCCAUGCAGCUCCAGCAGAAGGGUGCCUGCCAGCCCGUAAGCUGCUCCUAUGCACCUGACCAAAGAAGCAUGCAGCCCAUGUACGAGAACAGCCUCAUGACCAGGGGGUCUCCCAAGGUCAAGACCCCAGACAUGCAGGCGAAGAUGGCACUGUUGCACUGUGGCAGGCACAUUGGCCAUAAGUGUGACUUCUCCUCCACUGCCUUGUGUAGCUCAGCCUCUCCUGCAUCUGCCGUUAGGCAGCCGCCCUGCUACGAGGAUGCAGUGCAGCAGCAGAUGACCAGAAGCCAGCAAAUGGACGAACUUCUCGAUGUCCUUAUUGAGAGCGGAGAAAUGCCAGCUAACGCCAAAGAAGGGAGGUGCCCUGUAACCAAAGUUGUGCCUCACCUUACAGUUCCACCCAGCAGCGCUGGCGCCGCGGCCAUCCCAAAGUUCCACAGACACUACGGCCACGUGGCAGCCUCUAUGAUGCCAUACGAGCACGCUGCCGCGGACUGCCACCUGGAGGUGCUCCUGGGGAGCCCCAUGACCCGGCCGGGCGACAUCAUGCCGCUGAAGAUGGCCGCCGAGGACGCCCCACUGGAGGAGGUCGGAGAGGGAUUCGCAGGCCAUCGCCACGAUGACAAGUUGCUAGGCAACCGCGACAUGAUGGACACCCCUUUGAGCCCCAUGGCCACCAAAGUGUCGCCAGUGGCCACCGACAGCCAAGGGCUCGGGAUGACCUAUACGGAAUCGCCGUGGGAGGCCAUGGAAUGGCUGGAUUUGACUCCGCCCAGCUCAGCUACGGCGUUCGGCAGCGGAAUGCCUCCGGCUGGACCCAGCAUCUUCAACACGGAAUUCCUAGAUGUGACGGACAUCAACUUGAACUCUGCCAUGGACUUGCACCUAGAGCACUGGUGAAGCUGAUGAGAACCUUCCAAAAACACAAUAAACCCAGCUAGAUAGAUACAAGGGCACUAUACCACAGUAAUGCACUGCACAGCACUUCACACUCAUGCAGAUGUCCCUUUACAGUGCUUUAAUAGUCAAAAUGACCCUCUCAGCAAUUGUACAACCAACCAGCAUCAGGCUGCCAUGUUGUAAUGAUGAGUCAGUCAAGAGAUGGAUGCCAUCACCACAGGUGCCUUGGGGAGAAGACCUCCUUUCUAUAGUUUUACUUUCAGUGUAGCUCUUAUUACUUGCGCUGAUCCAUCAAAACUUGAAAAUCCUUUGGACUACAUAUUCCAGGAAAGAACGUUUUAAUUACUGGAAACGGGAAAAACCUACAAACCAAAUUGCAUUGAAACACAUCUAUAAUUCGACAGUGUUAGCAGUCCAUUUGUAAAUAUUACACUUCUGGUACAAAGUUGUUGUUUUUUUGCCCUGCACAUUCAUGGUGUGUGGAAACACUUCGGAAGUGUUCACUAAAAUCAAUUUAUCAUCACAUAUUGUAAUGUGCUUUGUAAAUAUACAUUAAUGCUCACACUGCACCUUGAGUAGUAUAGAACUUUGACACAUUUGGCUUUGCAUAGAUUUUUGGAAAGCAUGUAAUUAACUCUUUUCACUUAUUUUCUGUUUCCAUUCCCAUUUAGUCAUUUUUAUUUAUUUAGACAGCUGAGAUUUCUUGUGCGAGAUAGAAUAAAGAGAUCGACCAAUAUGUGCCCAUUUUACAACCACUGGAGCCUUAAGGACCAUUUAAGUCAGUCGGAACCGCGACAGUGUUUGAAUGUUAUUUCCUAAUUGAAUGUGGAGAAAAACAGGCCUGUAUCAUGUACAUAGUUAACAGUGUUUUUGGUAAACCCAGUUUACACCCAGCUCAGCACUUGCCCAUAUAUAUCAGACUGAAUCAUUGCUGUUUUAAUAUGAUUUUAAUACUAUUGACAUGUGACCCAUUUGGUACCUUGGAAGACUUCACUUAUUAGAUGUAUUUAUCUGGACAUUUUCAUAGAUAUUUUUACAUGCGAUAUUUAUGAGGCAUUGAUAUCCCUUUGAGCAAAUGAUAUAAAACUACUGAAGUCCAAGUUCGCGUUUAUACAAAAAUGAAAAGCUAAUAUUUGUCCAUAGAACCAUCUUUUGUCUUUUGUAACACAACGUACUGUACCUAACCAAGCAUCAACAUAAUUUAAAAUAUCAGUAUUCCAGUAUAUUAAAUAUUCAACUUAACAUGUUAAAAAUAAAGCAUUUGUCGCAUUUACGUCACAUUUCAAGUUAUGCAAUAAAUUAGGUUUUAAUAAAUGUAUUAAAAUAAUGAAGGCAUUAGACGCUUCUCAAUGGCAGAUCCCUGUUCUCACCAAUAUUUGAGCAGAGUGAAGCGGAAUAUAGUGUAUCAAGCUUUACUGUGAAGACAGGCCCCCACACUGGGGCUGUUAUGCAAAUAUUUGUCAUGAUGCUUAGAGUCGUGUUCUUUAAAAAAAUGGGCAUCUUUGUUUAUUAUAAAAUUGCCUUGGUGGCUACUUAUAAAUAACAGAUCAGUAAAAGGCAAAAAAGACACACCGACAAUCUACAGAGAAAGACAUUUCUGUCACAGUGUAAACUGAACAGAUUGGUACUGAAAUUCUGAUUUGUAUGCUGUGGGAUAUAUGAAUGGUUCACUUCAUUAUUUUGAUUGCUGGUUAACCCAAGCUGAUAGCUGUAGAACACAAACACAACUGUUAUGAGUACAAACUGUCCAAAUGACAAGUUAAGCAUUUAUGUUAGGAUACAGAAAUCACUCCACUUAACCUUCUCCAUCUGGUCAUUCACAGUUUACUAUCGGAUCCAGCGAAAUAUUAAAAGGACUUUCAAAUGAACUUAGAAAGUAAAUGGACAGUACAGUAUUGGAGUACAAACAUCACUAACAAAGGGAUUUUUUAAACAAUAAAAUGCUAUUUUUGGCAUUAUGGAUCAAGACCAAGGGCUGAUUUAUUUUAGCAAGAUUAUAGACACAGCUAAGAUUUAUAGUCUUUCAUCGAGUUGUCCUGUGUCCUGCACAAAUCUGUAUGCAACUUUAAACAAUGUGAUUAGUUUUAUCUAUGAGGCCAAACUGCAAUACUACCAAUAACUCAAUAGUUCAAUACAAAUUGCUUUCAGGAACAGCAGACUGUAACUAUUAAAAGGUACUGCAAUGGGUUUAUACAUUCUCAUCCAUUCACCUGGGUCCUAAUGUUUUGUAAUGUACUAUUACAAUUAUGAAACACAUUUUGUUUGUUUAUAUAUGUGACACUUAUUGAAAUUUCUAAUUAUACCAAUGAAAUAAACUCCCAUAUGCCCAAUAGAGCUAACUCAGCCAGGGUUGCUAUUUUCAGACCGUUUAUAUGAUGCUGGAAUGAAAAACAGAAUCUCACACUAUGCACAGUUCCCCAAUAUAACCACACGCCCCUCCAAGCUGGCCAGGUGACUGACAUCCAGUCCCUGGCCGAGGCACGCCUGCUCAGUACACGCGAUCCCUCGGUCUUGUUGAAGAAAAUGUGGUAGUUGUUUUUGUCUAUUUUUUUUCUCCUGGGGAAAAAAAUAUAUCGAUACGACAAAAAGCUUUUGUAUUGCUUGGCCACUGAACAGCUGUAUGAUGUAAACAGUCUCAGUAUGUCUCCACCACUGUGCAACUAUUAAAAGACUUUAAUAAAACACAUUUCUAAAAAUGGC